GACAUCCGUUCCUCAUGCAUUCCAUUUAUGGUUUUGUUUUAUUUUUCGCGGAGGUGUGGUUGUAAAAGAAGUCAAUAGGAAAUUGUGUCAUCUUCUUUCACUUUAAUCAAUGAAUUAUUUCAACCAAGUAUUUCAAUUUUGUAUGAGCACGCUUAUUUAUUUUGUAUGUCAUUAAAAGAAUACUUGUGAACUUAAACUGAUUAUCAUUUGUUUACAAAUUCAAGCAGUCGUAUGUUCAAGUAUUUUAGUGUUUAAUAAAGUGAAAUUUUGUAAAUUAUGGAAGAUAUUUUUCAUUGGUGUAGGGAAGGAAAUGCUUUCCAAGUUCGCGUGUGGCUGGAUGAUACAGAACAUGAUAUGAAUCAAGGUGAUGAUCAUGGCUUCAGUCCUUUACAUUGGGCUUCUAAGGAGGGAAGAGCUAAUAUAGUUGAAAUGUUGAUUGCUAGAGGUUGUCGGAUAAAUGCCACAAAUUUAGGAGAUGAUACUGCACUUCAUUUGGCAUCUGCUCAUGGGCAUCGAGAUAUAGUUCAUAUGCUGCUCAGAAACAAAGCAGACAUUAAUGCUGUGAAUGAACAUGGGAAUACUCCUUUGCAUUAUGCUUGCUUUUGGGGUUAUCAAGCCAUAGCAGAGGAUCUGAUUAAUAAUGGUGCUUUGGUAGCUAUAUCAAAUAAAUAUAGCGAAACUCCUUUAGAUAAGUGCAAGGGUGCAAUGGCCCAGAAAUUACUUGACCUUGCUGUCCAGCUUGGCCAAGAUACAACAAAAAUUGCAUAUAAAGAUCAAAGUUGGCUGGGCACCAAAACCAGAUCUCGAGAUGCAACAUUAUCUCGGCACUCUGGAAUAAAUCUUAAAGAAAUAAGUUUUCAAGUAAAAUUGGCUGUGACCCCUUCAGGAGAGACGUGGAGAGGUAGAUGGCAGAAGAAUGAUGUUGUGGCUAAAAUCCUGAAAGUUAGAGAAGUGAUUCCUCGUGUGACUCGAGAUUUUAAUGAGGAAUAUCCACGUCUCCGAAUCUUUUCACAUCCAAAUGUUCUGCCAGUGAUAGGCUGUUGUUGCCAUCCACCAAGUUUAGUUGUAAUCAACCAAUAUAUGCCUUUUGGAUCACUUUACACUGUUCUACAUGAAGGAACUGGAAUCGUUGUGGAUACAGCCCAAGCUUUGAAAUUUGCUAUAGAUAUUUGUAGAGGAAUGGCUUUUCUCCAUACUCUAGAUCCACUGAUUCCUCGUUUGUAUUUGAGUAGUAAACAUGUAAUGAUUGAUGAUGAUCUCACGGCUAGAGUGAAUAUGGCAGAUGCCAAAUUUUCUUUCCAAGAGAAGGGCAAAAUGUACAGUCCUGCCUGGAUAUCUCCAGAAGCUCUGCAAAAGAAACCAGAAGAGAUAAAUGUGAAAGCAGCUGAUAUGUGGAGCUAUGCCAUAUUGUUAUGGGAGUUGGCUACUCGUGAAGUACCUUUCUCAGAUUUAUCGGCAAUGGAAUGUGGAAUGAAGAUUGCAUUAGAAGGUCUCAGGAUAACAAUUCCUCCUGGCAUUUCCCAGCACAUGUCCAGACUUAUUCGAAUUUGUAUGAAUGAAGAUCCAGGAAAAAGACCCACAUUUGAUAUGAUUCUACCAAUUCUCGAGAAAAUGAAGCAAUGAGAAAUCAUGCUGUUACUUGUUGAAGUUCUCAUGUGUUGUUUAUUUAGAAAAGUAUAUUAACUGUUGCCUUUAUUCAGUGCUUGGAGGAAUUUGUGCCAUUUACAGCUUUUACCUUUUGUGUUCUUGUUUAUGGUUUUAAGCCCCGUGUUGAAUUUGCAGAAAUCUUAACUUGGUAACACUGCCAUUUACCAAAAUUUAUAUAUUUAGCUGUACUCUAACUAUCCAGAUUCUAAUUAUCUGAUUUGCCAAUUAUACAGAUCACUUUGAGGAAAAAUAAGUAGUGUCCGAAAACAGAAUCUUGCAAAUAGAGAAUGAGUCAGGAUAGUAAAACAACUUACUUUUACUGAUAUAUUCAAGUAAGGGAUAUUUUAAUGCAGUAUGUAAAUAUACAAAAUAUAAGCAUUGUUUUUGUAGUCAUUUAAUUAAUUUUUUCUAGCAACCACCUUACUCUAAUAAUUAAUUUUAUUUUGAAAAAUCUAAUAUUUGGAUGGUCUGAGUUAGUUCUGGUCCCAUUUAAUCUUAAAAAUUAGAGCUCUAUUGUAUUUUCAUCUUUUUUUUUCUUGUAAUAAAAAAAAAUUAUAAUGGAAUUAACUAUUAAUUGAUUUACUAUAAAUAUUGAUAAUUAUAAUAUUCUUUUCAUUUCAUAGUAAAAACUCUUCUUCAUAGUUAGAUUAAUUUAAUUCAGUUUUUAAAAUCUAAGUUAAAAGUCUUUAUAAAUGUAAUAAACAUAGAAAAAAUUUAAAACAAGAUAACUAUUAAAUAAAACACAUAAUUAGGUUUAGAGCUACUAUUGGCAAAUGGCAGCAUUAGCUUGUUAAAUUUGUUUUAGUAACAGCCUAUAAUCCUGAGUGUAGAUUUUGGAUUUGAUCUUGCAUGUCUUGUUUGUAUGUUCUCAUUCUAGUUGCUGACCUAGAUAAAUUAUCAUAUUUGUAAUGUUUGUUAUGUUGCAUUUUAAAAUGUGUAGUUGUAGCAGCUAAAGAUCUGUUUUUGAAACUAGUUAUUUAAUUUUGAAUACUUUUUAAAAAACUGUGUUAUCAUAUAUUUGAUACUCAAUAUUUAUUUUUAUAUCUUUAAUUAUCAUUUUUGAUUAAAUGCAGUAUUUAAAUAUUAUCCUGGAUGAAACUAGUUUGAGGAAAGAAAGUCAUUAACUUUGGUACCUUUUUGAGAAUGUAUAUCAAAUGGGACUUUCCAUUUUGUAUGUUAUUAUACAGUACCUUUAACCUUGGAUAUGUAUGAUAUUAGGUAACACAGAAAAUUUCAGUAUUGUACAAUUAUUUUCAACAAAUAACUUUAUUUUUAAAAUCCAAAUAUUGGAUUACUAAACCAAAUCUACAGCGAGCCAAAGUAGCUUGAAAGUUCCUUAUAAUGUCACAAACAUAUCCAGUGUAUAUCAAAUAAGAAUUCUGGAGUAUUAUUUUUACAAUUUAAAUAACAACUUUUCUAAUAUGAGAAAUGAAACUUGUAUAUAAAGAAUAUCACUGCCUUUAUAAAGAGUUUUUAUUAAAACUAUAAGUAAAUUAGUUCCUAUACUUGUGUAAUGAACUACUUUCAUAAUUAAAUAACAAAAAAAUUCUGUAAGAUCUAAAGUAAUGACCAUAUUCCUUGAAUAAUCUUGCUUUGAAAUGUAUAUUUCCUCUAAUGUCUGCUAUUGGUUUUAUUUGUAUGAAAUAAAAUGUAAUUUUGCUAGGCUCUUUCUAAUUUGAAUUUUGCUUAAAUUAAUUUUUAAAAUUAUUUUAGCUUUACUAAAUUUUAUUUUGUGCUUUAAAUUUAUCUGGAAUAUUUUCAGCAUCAAAGAAAUUUGUUAUGAAUUAUUUUGACAAAAAAUAUCCCUCAGAUUAAAUUUGUUUGAUUUUAUUCUUUUAGGAUUUAUAUAUUGUUUGACCUCAAUUGUUUUGAUAAAUUUUUUGGCACUUUUAUUAAUUGACUUUCAUUUUAUCUUUUUAUCUUUUAUUUAUGUCCUAAAAAUAUUCAGCAAUUUUUUUUUUACUUCAUCUUUGCAUUUUUCCAGAUAUUAUCAUCAUAUUUAUAUAUUUUAUACUUUUGGUGUAUGUAUAACUCACCUUGGAGAUAUCAUUUUCUAACUUUGAAAAUCAAAAAUAUAUCUUUUUAUUUUUACAUUUUUAUCUUAUUUUUUACAGUGUUUGUAAGUACUAAAAAGUGUGAUCUCUGGUUUGUUAAUUAUUUAGUUUUAUUGUAUCUCUGCUGAAUUAAUAAUUGUUACUAACUUUAAUUUUAAACCUGCUAAGCCAUUGUAUUAAUGUGUUAGAAAAUAUAUAUGAAGCAUUAUAAUUCUGUUAUUAACAUUUAGAAUAUAAGUAGAAGUUGCAAAAUGUUUGGACUAGCUGCUCUUGUACUUGUUUUGUAUGUCACUGAGAUGUGAUAAUGUUCCAGAAAGGUUUUUUUUUUUUAUGUGAGGUGUUUUCAAGUGCUAAGAUAUUUUUAUCAUGUGCAAUAAAAUAUUUCCAUAAUUUGUGGUGAAUAUGUUAAUUAA